GCGAGAAGAUGUCGGGCACAUCACGGGGUGUCCCGAGCAGCGUGGCCUCCUCACCGAUCGUCGCUGCCGCGGUUGCCGCAGCAGCCGCGGCCAUCUCCCCCAAGCGAAGCUCCAGCAACCCCCCUCAUCAUCACCAUCACCAUCAGAUGCUGCACCUGACGACGACCCAGGAUGUGAUCCGGCAGGGAAAAUGUCUCUGCGGUGAGUACAUCCGUGCUCGGUUGAAGCGUUCCGGGCUGCUAAACCGUAAGAUCCUGCAGCGGCUGCGCAACUCGAUCGUGCCGGAUGGAGCGAGUGUUGGGGGUGGCAGUGGAAUGAUGCUGAUCGCUGGUGGCGGUGGUGUCGUCGUUCGUGAAGCUUUUCCCAUCCUGCACGGUAUGGGCAUCGAGCUGGAGCGGAUGCAUCCCCGGUUGUACACGAACGUGAGUCGCCAGAUCUCGAACGAACCGUGGGGAGAGCUGACGGAACCGGAUACGGUCGGCUGUCUGCUUCACAUCGUCACGAAGGACCUGUUCAAGACGGGUGUGACCUGGGGCAAAGUGAUCUCCCUCUUUGCCAUUGCCGGAGGUCUGGCCGUUGACUGUGUGCGGCAGGAUCAUACGGACUAUCUGCAGCAGCUGAUCGAAGGAACGACCGAUGUGAUCGAAGAAGAUCUUGCUGAGUGGUUGGUGGAACGAGGCGGUUGGCUUGGCCUGCAGGAUCACGUCUAUCCGCAACCGGCCGAGAUUACGCUAACCGGUUGGCUCACGAUCACGAUCAUCACGCUGGCGCUCCUCUAUCUGGUGUCGCUGUUUCUCAAGCUUAUCGGCAGCAACUAUCUCAACAGUGAACCGACUGUCGCUGCCGCAACCGUUGGUAGUACCAUCGGUUCAGCCUCCUCUUCCAGCUAACACCACCAGCGAGGAUCACCUAGACGGACAUGAAUGCAAUAGACGAAGUAGGCGCGGGUAGGGGUUAGCAGAACGUUGUUUAGUUUAGGCUUAAGUCUGUUAUUGUUUCUAUUUAACACGCGGCAGCAAACGGGAUCAUACGGGAUCACACGGGAUCGUUGAUUAAUGGGGAAGACACGGGUGGGAAUCGGCGUUUGUUUACUCUCGUGAUCAUCACCGUGAUCGGUGGAGGUACAAGUGGGCGACAAGCGGCACAAUAAAUCACGAUACGUGGAAUGUGAAAAUUCGCACAUUCGCGCGCUAGCUAAGGUAGAGUAGUGUGUAAAUAAUUAAUGGGAUUUAUUUAUUCGUUAUCAAAAUACAAUAAUAACCAAAUGAAUUGCAAGUUA